AUGGCGUACGCACUUACCGAUGUUCUCAUGGUAUUUGUCGUAGAAGUGGUGCAUAUCAGCAUAUGCUUUAGUAGUUUCAGAAAGAACCACCAAAUUAAAGGCAACAUCAUAUCUGAAACAGCAAUGGCUGCCCCUUCCACCGACGUCCUUCACUUCGUCUUGCUUCCACUGAUGGCUCAGGGCCAUAUGAUACCCAUGGUGGACAUCGCCAGGAUACUAGCCCAAACCGGAACAACUGUUACCAUAAUCACAACUCCUGUUAACGCAAACCGUUUCAAAUCAGUCAUUGAUCGUGCAAUCGAAGCUGAGCUCAAUAUCCAAAUGCUUGAACUCCAAUUCCCAUUCGUUGAAUCUGGUUUGCCUGAAGGAUGCGAGACUUUUGACAUGCUUCCAUCAGCUGCGCAUAUAGUCAAUAUGUUGAAAGCUAUGAAGAUGUUCGAAGAACCAUUUGAGAGGAUGCUUCAGGUUCUAUGUCCUCCUCCAAGUUGCAUCAUCUCCGAUGGUGCUUUUCCUUGGACUGCCGAUGUGGCAAAGAGACUAAAUAUCCCGAGGCUUGUCUUCUAUGGGCCAGGAUGCUUUCCUUUCCUGUGCAUUCACAUACUGAACAAAACUAAUAUACUAGACGAAAUUAAAUCCAACUCCGAGUACUUUGCGCUGCCCGACGUGCCCGACCAUAUUGAAGUUACCAAACCUCAGGCUUCUGGCUGGGGAAAGGGAAACAGAAAAGAAACCAAAGAGGUGUUUGAACAAACACAAGAAGCUGAGAAAGCUACAUUCGGAAUUGUGGUUAACAGCUUUGAGGAGUUGGAGCCCAUGUAUGUUGAAGCGUUUGAAAAGGCAAAAGAUACAAAGGUGUGGUGUAUAGGCCCGGUGUCGUUAUGCAACAAAAGUUUUCAAGAUCUAUCGGAGAGAGGAAACAAGGUUGUGAGAAGCGAGCAUGAUUGCAUGAAAUGGUUGGAUUCAAGGGAAGUAAAGUCGGUAGUCUAUGUUUGCUUGGGAAGUCUAUCGCAUGCAUCAACAGAACAAGCCAUUGAGCUCGCUUUGGGAUUGGAGUUAUCUGGCAUACCCUUUAUUUGGUUCAUUAGGCAAACACGUGAAGAAUUUGAGAAAUGGCUCUUAGAAGAACGAUAUGAAGAAAGGAUAAAAGAUAGAGGCUUAAUGGUUCGUGGUUGGGCACCUCAAAUCUUGAUAUUGUCACACCAAGCGAUUGGGGGUUUCAUAACACAUUGUGGUUGGAACUCGACUCUAGAAGGGAUUUGUGCUGGGAUUCCAAUGGUUACAUGGCCACAUUUCGCAGAGCAAUUUUUAAAUGAAAGGUUUAUCGUAGAUGUAUUGAAAAUUGGAGUCAAAAUUGGUGCAGAGGUUCCAAUCACAUUCAUAGAGAAAGAUACGCUUGAAGUGAUGGUGAAGAGGAAAGCCAUCAAGACUGCUGUGGAAGUUUUGAUGAACGAGCAAGAGGAAGGAGAAGCAAGAAGAAGGAGAGCUAGAGAGGUAGGGGAAAUGGCAAAGAAAGCAAUGGAGGAAGGGGGUUCUUCUUACCUUAACAUAAAGUUGAUGAUUCAAGCUAUUGCCGAAGAAGUAGCCAAGAACAAUAAACCUAUUCAAGAUAUUGUGUAG